AUGGUGGCUGGCCGCGCCCGAGGCAUGUGUGUGUCUGCUGCAGCAGGUGGCGGAAAGCGCGCCUUUCCCCUGGAUAUGUACAGGAACAUUGGCAUCAUGGCACACAUCGACGCGGGGAAGACCACCACCACUGAGCGGGUGCUGUUCUACACGGGCAAGUCUUAUAAGAUUGGAGAGGUGCACGAGGGCACGGCGACGAUGGACUGGAUGGAGCAGGAGCAGGAGCGCGGCAUCACCAUCACCUCGGCGGCCACCACAUGUCACUGGAAGGGGCACCGUAUCAACAUCAUCGACACCCCCGGCCACGUUGACUUCACGCUGGAGGUGGAGCGUGCCCUGCGAGUCCUGGACGGCGCGGUGGCCGUGUUUGACUCUGUGGCGGGGGUGGAGCCGCAGUCGGAGACGGUGUGGAGGCAGGCCAACAAGUACAAUGUCCCGAGGCUCUGCUUUGUCAACAAGAUGGAUCGCAUGGGCGCCAACUUCUACCGGACCCGGGAUACGAUGAUUUCCAACCUGGGUUGCGACCCCCUGGUCAUCCAGCUGCCCAUCGGGGAGGAGGAGAACUUUGCGGGUGUGAUCGACCUCAUCUCCAACAAGGCGCUCGUCUGGAACGGCGAGGAGCUGGGUGCGAGCUGGAACGUCGAGGAGGUGCCGGAGGACAUGAAGGAGCUGGCGGCCGAGUACCGCGAGAAGCUGGUGGAAAGGGUGGUGGAGCUGGACGAUGACGCAAUGAUGGCAUACCUGGAUGGCGAGCUCCCCGACGAGGAGACCAUCCACAAGCUGAUCAGGAAGGGCACCAUCGCGAACAAGGUUGUCCCGUUGACCUGCGGCUCAGCCUUCAAGAACAAGGGGGUGCAGCCGCUGCUCGAUGCAGUCAUCAGGUACCUGCCCUCCCCGCUGGACCUCCCAGAUGUCCGCGGCUCGGACGUCGAGGUCGCCGAAAAGGAGAUGAGCCGCCCGGCGAGCGACGACGCCCCCUUCUCCGCCCUGGCCUUCAAGAUCAUGAGUGACCCCUUUGUGGGCUCCCUCUCCUUCAUUCGCAUCUACUCCGGCACCCUGGAGGCCGGCACGUACGUGCUCAACGCGGCGAGGGAGAAGAAGGAGCGCAUCGGUCGGCUCAUGGAGAUGCACGCCAACUCGCGGGAGGACGUGAAGUACGCCUACGCCGGCGACAUUGUUGCUGACGUGGUGACAGGGGACACGCUGUGCGACGACCGGGCGCCCAUCCUGCUUGAGCGGAUGGAGUUCCCCGACCCCGUCAUCAAGGUGGCCAUCGAGCCGCGGUCCAAGGCCGACCUGGACAAGAUGGGGGCGGGGCUGGUGAAGCUGGCGCAGGAGGACCCCUCCUUCCACUUCUCGCGCGACCACGAGAGCAACCAGACCGUGAUCGAGGGCAUGGGCGAGCUGCACCUGGAGAUCAUCGUGGACCGGCUGAAGCGCGAGUUCCGUGUGGAGUGCGAUGUGGGCGCGCCCCAGGUCAACUACCGCGAGGGCAUCUCCCGGGCCUCCGACGUGCGCUAUGUGCACAAGAAGCAGUCGGGCGGGUCAGGGCAGUUUGCAGAUAUUGCUGUCCGCUUUGAGCCUGGGGAGCCCGGGUCGGGCUUCGAGUUCAAGACGGAGAUCAAGGGUGGUGCCAUCCCCAAGGAGUACAUCCCAGGCGUCAUGAAGGGCCUGGAGGAGAUGAUGUCAAGCGGGUCCCUGGCCGGCUUCCCCGUGGUGGAUGUGCGUGCAGUUCUGUACGACGGCUCCUACCACGACGUGGAUUCCUCGGUGAUGGCCUUCCAGAUCGCGGCGCGCGCCGCCUUCCGGGAGGGCAUGCGCAAGGCGGGGGUCCAGCUGCUGGAGCCCAUCAUGAAGGUGGAGGUGGUUACGCCCGACGAUCACAUGGGCGACGUGAUCGGCAACCUGAACUCGCGCCGUGGGCUGGUCCAGGAGUUCACGGACAAGCCGGGCGGCAUCAAGAUCAUCAAGGCCUUGGUGCCCCUGGCGGAGAUGUUCAACUACGUCUCCACCCUGCGGUCAAUGAGCAAGGGCCGUGCACAGUACACCAUGCAGCUGGAGAACUACGAGGUCGUGCCCAAGCACAUCCAGGAGACGAUCGUGGCCUCCUCAGCCAAGGGCGAGAAGGCCAAGGUGGCCGCCUGA